AUGAUCAUCACGGAUAUUGUCUCCAUGAUCCUCCGCGUGGCGGAGCUGGUCUUUGCCGCCAUCGUUACCGGUCUCACGGGUCAGUUCUUGCACCAAAGGGACAACGCCUCGGCGUGGGAUAAUGGCCGCCACAUCUACACCAUCACCGUAUCGGCCAUCUCGAUGCUGCUGUCCAUCCUUUGGCUCUUCCCAUUUAGCGGCAGCUUCAUCCACUGGCCUGUCGAUUUCAUCAUCAGCGUCAUGUGGUUUGCCGCGUUUGGCCUGCUGGUUGACUGGCUUGAUGGCGGCUGCGGCGACGUCUUCAACUGGUCCGGCAUCAGGAUCCGCGGCGAGGACUUCUGCGCCAAGCAAAAGGCCGUCGUCGCCUUUGCCUUCCUCUCGGCCAUCUGCUGGCUCGCCUCGGCCAUUGUCGGUGCCUUCUGGGUCCGCAGGCGCGAGAGGCGUGCCGCCGCUGCCCACACCACCCACCGCCGCCGCUGGUACCGCAGCCGUGUCUGA